CUCCUUUUGCCGGCUGGGAAACGAGGCUAGCCAUCGUCGGAAGUAUGGCAGAGUUGAGAGUGUUUCCCCUCGCCUGUGCUGUGCAGAACUAUGCCUGGGGCAAGUUAGGCCAGGAGAGCGAAGUGGCCAAGCUCUUGGCAAGCAGUGAUCCCAUGGUGCACAUCGAAGCAGACAAGCCGUAUGCGGAGCUCUGGAUGGGUGCUCACCCCAAAGGAGACGCAGUGAUCCUGGAUAAUCGCAUCCCCCAGAAGACCUUACGGCAAUGGAUCACAGACAAUCCCGGGUGCCUAGGCUCCAAGGUGAAAGACAUCUUCCAAGGCCAGCUGCCGUUCUUGUUCAAAGUGCUGUCCGUCAACACGGCCUUGUCCAUCCAGGCCCAUCCCACCAAGGAGCUGGCCGAAAAGCUUCACGCCCAGUAUCCAGAGCACUACCCAGAUGCCAACCACAAGCCAGAGAUGGCUAUCGCCCUAACCCCCUUUGAGGGCUUGUGUGGUUUCCGGCCCGUCGAAGAGAUUGUGGCUUUCCUCCAGAAUGUCCCCGAAUUCCGGGCCCUAAUUGGGAAUGUGGCGGCGGAACAGUUGGAGCGCACUGUCGGCGAUGACCCCCGGGGCGUGACGGCCGCACUGCGCGUCUGCUUCACCCGGAUGAUGAAGAGCGAGAAGAAGGUCUUCGUGGACCAGCUCAACAUGUUGGUGAAGCGGAUUUCCCAAGAAGCGGCGGCUGGGAAAGAGACGUCAGCCAGCUGUGGAGAACUGCUCCUCAAGCUUCACUCUCAAUACCCUGGAGACAUCGGCUGCUUCGCCAUCUAUUUCAUGAACUUGAUGAAGCUGCAGCCGGGGGAAUGCAUGUUCCUGGGGGCCAAUGAGCCUCACGCCUAUCUCUAUGGAGACUGCAUCGAGUGCAUGGCGUGCUCCGACAACACCGUGCGAGCUGGCCUGACCCCCAAGUUCAUCGACGUUCUCACCCUGUGCGAAAUGCUGAACUACACUCCAGCCCCCAGCAGCUCCAAGUUCCUGGUGCCCUCUCAGAGCCGCCUGGAUCCCUGCAUCUACCUCUAUGAUCCCCCCAUACCAGACUUUGCUGUCAUGAGGAUAGAGAUUCCUUCUACUAUCAAGCUAUACCUCGUUUCGGCCAUCGACUCAGCUAGCAUUCUCUUGGUGGUCCAGGGGACUGCCGUCGGGGCCUCCACUGCAGCCAUGUCCGAAAUGGCUCUCCGCCGGGGCUCCGUGCUCUUCAUCUCUGCCAACGAGAGCGUCUCCUUGCACAUGUCCAACGCGGAGGGGAUGCUGCUUUUUCGAGCCUGCUGUCUCUUAUAAUGGGGGGGCGUGUAGCUCUUUCUCCCUUGCUGUGACUCGACUUAGAAUAAAUAGAAACUGGCCAGUACCCUCCAUACUGCCAGUUUUAUCCCAUCCAUCCAGCUGCCAUGUUAAAAGCCCCAAAGCAUCAGGGCUGAACCCUAACUUGCCUUCCUCCUUGGCCGGCCCUACCAUUGGUUAAUUGUUGUCGAGUGUAGGACAGGAAGCCCUCUGGUUAUCCUCCCCUUUGAAACCGUACUCUCACCACUGAGUUAUCGGAGGGAAGAGGGAGUAUUAAACUUUCCUCCCCUAGAUUGCUCACGUCUCGGCUCUUCCCUGACCUGGCGCCGUCCAGAUGUGCUGGAAUAUAACUCCCAACAUCCCUGACCAGUUGUGGUCCAACACAUCUGGACACUGCCAGGUUAGGGAAGCUUGCCUUAGCCUGUGGCAUGGGUUGAGCAACUAGUGGACCUCCAGAUGUUUUUGCCUACAACUGUCAUCAUCCUUCACCAUUGGCUGGGCUGAUGGGAGUUGUGCACCCAAACAUCUGGAGGGCCACAAGUUGCCCACUCCUAGCAUAUAGGAUAACAGUACCUCAGCUCACCCUGGCCUGCUGCCCUCCAGAUGUUCUGGAUUAUAUCUCCCGUUAACCCCAGCUAGUAUGGCCAGUGGUCAGGAAUCCUGGGAGCUGGAGUCUAAAACAUCUGGCGGGUGCCAAGUUGGGGAAGACUGCUUUGCCUCUUCUGUGUCGUGCUGCUUUUGUCGGGUAUGGUCUACAUCGGGGUGGACAAGUUCUGGCCCCUCCAGAUGUUUUGACCCAACACCACCCAUCAGACCUAGCCAGCAUAGCCAAUGGUCAGGAAUGUUGGGAGUGGUAGUCCCAAACAGCUGGAGAGCCACCGCUGCUCGAAACCAGCCCACGCUCUCAGCAACAUCCCUCACCCGGAGAUCCGGGCAAAUAAUUCUGUGUUGCCCCAUAUGCUAACACGCUCCAGUUGAGCCAGGGUGAACAAACGUUGCUUUUCGUUUUUAGUGGCUGCUCUUUGAUCAUCGCCUGUGUUUCUUCCCUUGCAAAGUUUGCUCUGGUUGUAAUGGAUGGCCUGUUCCGGUAUGAAACCGCUUCCUCCUUGCGGGGAGCUGAAGAUGACCCGGUUAAUCUAGUACUGACUCACUUUCCCUACAGGACCGGGGUCCUCUACCUCAGGGGCGGAGCAGCACACUGGCCUGAAGUUGUGUCUUUUAGCGAGGCGGACCUCCUGAAAUUGCCCAACCCUGCACAAAGCCAUGGUUUCUCGUGCCAUCUGAAUGCAGCUAGUACGUAUUCCUCCUGCCCUUGUUUGGAAUCUGUCCCCAGAGUCGUGGGUAGAAGCAUCUUGGCAACAGGUGACUCGACGAUGGUUGGAUUGCCUUUUUCCUCUGCGUGUUGAUGGGGUGGGGAAGGCGAAUGUCCCCUAUAAAGUUGAAGGGGCCGGAAAUCAUUACGCUCCUUUUCCUUUGGCACUUACAUGGCUCCGUCUCUCCACCCCUCCGUCAGCCACGUAUAACUACACCUCACAUGUUGCGCUUCGUCGCGUAAGCUGGGAAUGCAGUUCUUGCUUGGCUGACACACCAACUGGGAGAGGACAUUACCAAUGGGAUCUUGUCCCUUCGGGUUCUUUUUUAAAGGGAGGGAGAUCACACCUCCAUGGCGGUACCUAAACGGUAGCUACCAUUUAAAAAUACAAUUCUUUCAAUUUUAUCAUUUGCCAAUAAGUAAGGUGACAAUUCUAAUAGCUAUAAGCUAUCUCUACCGCCGCUACCUUAGGCACAAUUUGUCCAAAGGCUGUACUUAAAACCCUUAGAGAGGUCAAUACUACCAAUUCAAAUGUUGCCAAGGAGAUGCCAAGAAUAUUAGUCCUGGGUACAGCAGGUACCCUCACCUAAGCAUGGAUAUGGGGCUUCUUUGGGAGAAAGCCAUGCUUAUCCACUCUCAGGCCACUUGAACUUGGUAGUGUGGGUGUACUUGUUUAUAGAGACCUUUGACCUGGCAACUGGUUUAAUUCCACACCGUGGCAUUUAAUCUUAACCGCGGUUACUUUAAACAAGCCAGUUUCAGUAACUAUGGCUUGAAGUUGGCUUGUUUCAAAAGUUUUUGCAGGAGACACAAGUGCCAAAAAAAAAAAAAGGCGUUGAAAACAUUCAAGUAUUGAAAUAUGAACGACAAAUUCAAGGAAUUGGCUGUCAGAAGAUGUGUGUUAUCUUAAAGAGUUCUGUUCCAGGAUUUGAAUCUUGACGUCGGAAAAACGUUUUGAGAUGCUGGCUUUAGAAAAGCCUUCACGUCAAGUUUUGAUUCCAGAGGACACUUCAGAUUUUGAUGGCUAUACUUUUUAGGGUGUUUUGAUUUCUGUAGUUCAGCUGCUCCUAAGGUUAGUGCAAGUAGAUAUUUCUGGAAGAACCAGAAAUCCUCCUACAUGCUGUACUGCGUUCCAUGUUCCAUGGCUCUGUCUAGGGCUAAUAAUCCUCAAAGAAUGAAAUGGAUAAAAUAUAGAUGGGAGGAGAGACACUCAGAUGGGGCAGGUAACCCAACACCUUCCCCCUGAAGUAAAUCACCGCUUGUAAAGUUAGCUAAAUAAAGGAGGCGCUGUGGCAAACCAGCCCCAAGAA